CCUCAUUUUAGUCACAUGGCUUGUGACAUCGUGACCUCUACCAAGGCAGUCUAUUCGAUCAGAUCCCAAAGCAGAGUCGUUGUAUUGAGCAGCACGGGAGUAAAGGAAGUUCAUCAACAUGUGGAGCGAAGUGUCGUUGGUGCUGCGUGGUGCAUCUCGUGUGGGACAGGCCAUAGUGGAAUUGCAGGCCGAACAGCUGCGGAUGGUUAUUCAUUCCUCCACAUUGGGAAAUGAGAUUAAGUCUGUGCAGGCCAAAGCAGAGCAAUGUGCUGCAACUCUCUUUACUCGUUGCCAGAAUAGAAUGCCUGAUUUAAGGGAACGUUCUUCUUCCUCAGAACCUGAUGCUUCCAAUUGGGCCAUAGCAUCAGAGUUUCCUCCUGCAGAAGAGCCAAGAGACAUCAGUGAUGGGACUGUCAGAGCAAGCACCUAUACUUUGUCUUCUUCAGGGAAGGGUUCAGGGGUUGAUGGAGUUAGCACAAGACAGGUCAGAGCUUAUCGGAGUUACAGCACAUUUAGAGGUCUCACAGCUGAUGAACUCAAAAGGGCAAGAGAGUCGAAGCUUCAGAAAGGAACAGAGGAACAAGGAAGAUCCAAACGUCAGAAGCUCAGUGAUAGAGCAAGAGAAAGGAAAGUUCCUGCAUCUCGCAUAAGCCGCUUGGCAAAUUUUGGGGGUCUUGCUGUUGGUCUUGGAAUUGGUGCUCUUACAGAGGUGGUCAAGCAGUCUCUAAAUCGUGAGGAAAGGCAGGACAGUAAUCAUUCCAUAUUGGAAUCUAAUACUUUAUUGAAUGAAGCCAAUGCUGAGAGGAUUGUUGACACUCUUUGCAAAGUGAGAGGAGCAGCGUUGAAAAUUGGGCAGAUGCUAAGUUUGCAAGAUAACAACUUUAUUAGUCCGCAGCUACAGAAAAUCUUUGAACGAGUUAGACAAAGUGCAGACUUUAUGCCAUCCUGGCAAAUGACUAAAGUGCUCGAAGAUGAACUGGGCCAUGACUGGAGAGAAAAGCUGGAAUAUUUUGAGGAAAGACCUUUUGCAGCUGCCUCUAUUGGUCAAGUACACCUAGCUCGUCUUUUGGAUGGCCGGGAAGUGGCCAUGAAGAUCCAGUAUCCUGGAAUUGCUGAGAGUAUAAACAGUGAUGUGGAAAAUCUCCUUUCAAUACUUAAAAUGAGUGUGGCUAUUCCAGCAGGUCUGUUUCCUGAAAACAGUGUCCAGGUCUUGCAGAAAGAGUUAACGUGGGAAUGUGAUUACACACGUGAAGCCAAGUCUGCCAAAAGAUUCAGACAUCUCCUCAGUAAAGACCCAUUCUUCAGUGUGCCACAAGUAAUUGAUGAGCUCACAACUGAGAGGGUGCUCACUAUGGAACUAGUGUCUGGGGUUCCACUGGACCAGUGCGUUGAGAUGGACCAGGAAACGCGCAACCAGAUCUCGUACAACAUCCUGCGUCUCUGCUUGCAGGAAGUCUUUGAAUUUCACUUCAUGCAGACAGACCCUAACUGGUCUAAUUUCUUCUAUGAUACAGAAAGCAAUAAGGUGAUGCUACUGGAUUUUGGUGCCAGUCGAGAAUUUGGAGAAAAAUUUACAGAUGAUUAUAUAGAGGUUAUCAAAGCAGCAGCAGAUGGUGACAGAGCAAAGGUGCUUCAGAAAUCACAGGAUCUUAAAUUUUUAACAGGUUUUGAAACAAAGGUGUUUGAAGAAGCUCAUAUAGAUGCUGUAAUGAUUCUAGGAGAAGCAUUUGUUUCAGACGUACCAUUCAAUUUUGGUACCCAGAACACCACGCGUCGCAUCCAUGACUUAAUUCCCGUUAUGUUGAAGGAUCGACUGACACCACCUCCAGAGGAAACGUAUUCUCUUCACCGUAAAAUGGCUGGGUCCUUUCUCAUCUGUGCUAAACUUCAAGCAGUUAUCCCAUGCAAGGAGCUAUUCCAGCGUUUUUAUUGCGAGUACUGGGAGAGGCGCAGCAAUGGAGCCCAGAGGACAAGAAUUUGUUAAACAACCCUUUUCCAGGAGAGUAAUAAUUAGUGGUAAAGUUACUGUCAUGCUUUGAUCACAAUGCCUUCAGUCAAAUGUCACAACAUCCAGUAUGAGCAAAGUAUUUGCACUGGGACACCUGGAGGCAAGUUCCACCUGUUCCAUUACCUCAUCUGGGCAACUGUUAAUUUCCACUGAUAACGAGGGGCAUUGAAUUGCCGAGAGGCUCUAAACCCCAGGAGUUGCUGAGUGCAAUGUCAAGCUGAAAGCUUUAGGGCAGUGAUCCCCAACCAGUGCCUACGGAGCAACCCCUUGGAAGUUGCUCCCAGUGCCCUCAAUGCUUAUUUUUGAAUUUCUGACUUGGAGGCAAGUUUUAGUUGCAUAAAGACCAUGUGUACUGCCAAAACAGUGUCUCCUGCGGAAUGCAGUCUAGUAUUUGCUGAACUAGAUUUAAAUGGACAAUAUUUACAUUAGGAAUAAGGCAAGAGGGUAGAAAUAGCCUGCCUGUUGCUUUGUGUAAAUGUAGUGUGUUGGAUAACAGGUUAUAUGCAAUUCAGUUGGAGAUUCAAACCAGUAGAGGUGGGGGUCUGAGGUUGCCAAAACAUUUUUUGAUUUGAGGAAGAAUGCCUUUAUGUGCUCAGUGGGCUGCUGCAUCCUAUGACAUGAUGUAAAUAGUGUCCUUAAAUAAGGGUCAAAACAAAAAUUACCAUCUCUAAGAGAUGGAAUAAGGGAUUUUCAAAAAUUAUCUUUCGCUCUUUGCCCCCUACAGUAGUGACAAAUGUACAGUAUUAACCAUAAAAAUCAAAAGCACCCCAUUCUAACGAGAGGUUAGGGUGGGGUGCUUUUUGGGAAGGCCUUGUGAAACUUGCCAUACUUUCGUAAUUAAUUUUUUAGUGGCCGUAUGCUACUUCUCUACUUUUUUUUCCAUUUUGUUUUAAUUUUGUCCUAGGCAAGAUCAUAAUAAUAAUGGUAGUAUAUAUGGAUUGUGUUUGCUACCUAAAAUUAACUGUUUCAAAUAGAUCAAAUCUUAUUUAUAUUUUUCUAAAAGUUCACAAAUACCCGUGGUUGGCAAAACGUGUAUACAGUAUGAAUUAAAAUGUACCAAUUAGCAAUUCUCUUCAUAUAGUAAAGUUCUUAUAUUCAGUGUUCCUGGAAGGCAAGAUACACAAGUUCAUUUUAUUUUGGUGGUAUGAUGAUUUUUAAUAUCUUAAAACAAUUUGCAGUUUGUCUUCCUUUUUUAAUUUAUUUUCUAGAUUUCUUUUACAGGUUUCCAGUUUGGAAUUGAAACCAUCUGAUUGUCAAGGUUCCAUUGACCAGGCAAUGGUUUGAAUAACAGACUGGAAGAUAAUUAGGGGCUGAAUAUAAAGUUGAGUAAUGAAAUAUAAGAAGCAAAAUCUAGUGCCACAAUAAAGAGAUACUGUUUUAAGAAUUAAAAAAUAACAG